AUGUCUGAGGAUAAUGACCGAAAGCUGAAGGAUAAAGAAGAGCUGUCAUUUGGUGUGCUUAAAUAUGUGUUUAUUUUUCUUGCGCAAUUCCAAACCAUUUUGAAGGUGACGAUGUUUGUACAGCGACGACCUUCCAAGAGCGCCAAGAGCAGUUGUUCUUCGUUGGGGAUGGGAGAGGCUUCAGACUUCGAGGAUCCUAGCAUUUUGAUUCGUGGCCCCGCCAGCCCUAUGAGACUAAGAUACUAAGAGGAACUGCUAGCUUUGAGAUCGCUUCCACUUUCUAAGAUAAAACCCGCCUGUCUCGACGUGGCUCGCUCAAAUAGUCGAGGAUGCUGGGACCCUGACCGUUGGCAUUCCGAUAAGAAAUACAAUGAAGCAGUCAUCGAAGACGAACGUAUUAGAGAUGUCGCGUUGGACCCUCACAAAAGACGCUCAGACCCCCGUGAACGUAUCCGCAAGGAGCAAGAUGGUAUUGUUUUGUCGCCUCAGAGACGUUCUUUUAAUACUGGAUGUUACAUGCCUACUGUAAUAACAGCUACGUGUGGUGCAGGAGCUGGUGGAGGCGCUAACGACAUGCAGCUUAGCGGAAAAGACUCGGCGGGCGUGGUACCCAAUUCCGUCGUAGGUGGCAGACGUAUAGGUAGUGGCCGAAUCUUGACAAGAGAUUCUUGGGAUUUCCGACCUGAUAAGCCGGGACCUGCAGGUGAUGCAUCCCCUGGUGGUCCUGGAGGGCUAAUGGAUGACGGUUAUAGCUUUAGACCUGGCGGAACAUUUAGAGAUCGGGAAGACAGGUAUGAGAGGCGUUCAUUCUCCCGCGAUUAUGACAAAGAUCCAACAACGAGAUCAAUGCGAGAUGGAGGUCGAGACCUCGAGCGACUCUCUUCCGGCGGAGGCUCAAGAUCCAUGAGUGGGAGUGGAAUGGGUCCUGGCUCACGAUAUUCUAAUGGUAAUGGACCGCCAGAUAGGGCCCGAGGAGGCGGCAACAGUAAUGGGCGAUCAAAUAGUGGCGGCGGCCACUACAUGUCAUACAUGUCAGGAGGAAAGUGCGAACCCGAAGAGCCAGAAUGGUUUAGUGGAGGCCCGACUUCUCAGCAUGACACUAUUGAACUGCGCGGUUUUGAAGACAUACCUGAAGAGAAGUCUUCUGCCCUCGGCAAGAAGCAGCGUUCAACGCAGCAGAAAAAAGUUGGCAAGAAGAGUGGCUCAGAUAAAAAUACUGAUGGCAGUAUUUCCAAGAAAGACAAUGACCUCAACAGUUCUAGGGACAAAAAUAAGUCAAAUCUUGAAUCUAGAGAAGGAGAUCAAGAAACUACUGGUGAAAAGUCUCCAAAAAGAAGGAGCACGUCCACACCAGUGGACAAUGACAAAGAAUAUAAUAAGGAGAAUUGUAAAUCUCCAAUUCCUGUGGCUUUACAAAAUGACAGCUCAAUAAUUGACGCAAGUCUUUCUGAAAAACAGUCUCAGAUUACUAAUGAUGCAUCUGCCCCAGGAUUUAUUCUUGAUGACUUUUUAAAUCUAGACAGCAUUCCUGCAGCACUACUUAGUAAUGGUACCUCUAACGAGACGGCUGGUUCUCGAUUCUCACAGUUCUUUAGAAGGGAAAGUCCUGUUUUGAAUAGGAUGGAUAGUCGUAGAUCUUCACUUCAUGAAGAGUUAUCUUCUAUGCUUACUGGUAAGAGAUACAGUUUUAAAUAUUUAUAAUUUAAAUACUGUUUUGAUCUGUUUAAAUUUCCUGCAGACUCCAACAAAUAUUUUACUCCGAUAAGUCCUGCCGGAAACUCAUCUAUUAAUAGUCAACCAUCUGCCACUGUCCAUAAUAGCAAUCUCUUAGAGAUGCUCCAAAGAGCCAGAGUAGACCCGAAUACCAGUGACAGUAGUACUGCUGGUGGAAAGAUUCAUAAUGUAGAGGAGCUUGAAGCUCGUAUGAGACAUGGUGAGGGUUAUGGGGGGUCUUCUGAAAAGAGUGGUGGAAGCAACAGUAAACCUGAAGAGGUAGCUGCUUUUCAGAAGUUGCUUUCGCAAGUAUCUUCGAAUCAACAACAGUCUCCGCAAGUUUUGGGUGCCACUCAGGGUCCACAAGGAAGACCUAUGCCAAAGUCUCAACAACAGCCUAUGAGUAUUCUGGAGAUGCUGAAUAAAUCUCAGCAGGCUGAUGAAAAUGCAGCACGCAACAUGGCAAAUGUAGCUGCUGGAUUAAACAUUAAUCAUCAGAUGGGGGCAACAGGAGCCUUUGGUUCACCAGGAAUUCAUCCUACCCCAAAUGUACACCAACCUGCUCCACAGGUACCCCCAGAACUUGUCAUGAAGUUGUUGCAGGUUCAACAACUACAGCGACAACAACAACAGCAACAGCUCUCUCAAUUAAUUGCGAACUCGGGGCAUAAUUAUUCUAAGCAAAAUUUGGCCGGAGGUUCUCCAUUGCCAUCAAACACUUUGAAUCCUGAUUUGCAGUCCAUGUUUGGGGCUACAAAUAUGCAACAACAGCAGUACGCUAGGGAAAUACUCCAGAGACCGGAAGCCCAAGCAAUUAUUCAGGGCCUCAAACAUAAUAAGAUAACUGUGCAGCAUUUGUUGCAACAAUUAAACAAUCCUGCAAUUCAGCAGAGACAUCGCGAAAUGCUUAUUGCAAUCUUGAAAACCCAUGGCAAUAUAACGAGCCCUCGAAACAUCAGCCCUGUGGGACCACCAGCCAACUCUGAUCUUAUGCAGCACAUGAUGCUCGGGGCUCAACAGCAGUUGCGAGUUUCGCCUUUGCCCAAUGCAUAUUGUGUAUCCCCGAUUUUGGCAACUAGUCCUAAUACUUUAUCAGUGCACCAUCCAGUGAUUCCUCCUCGAAUGCCUUCUCCAAUGGAACUUCAAGCGCAUACUCGAAAUAUUCUGCAAGGUGCUCUAAUCAAGAAAAAAUUGGAAGAGCAAUCUGAGAACUUCCGCAAACGGCAAGAGAUGCAGAGGUCUCAUUCUCCUAAUGCCAACAACUCUGUUAUUUCGCAGAAUUCUAACAAUUCUGCCGCCAAUAGUUCGCCAGCCAAGCAUGUAGGAUCACCAACACCUUUGGCUUUUACUCCGACUUCUGUAUUAAGAAAGAUGACGGCUGAAAAGGAACCUGAUUCAAUGGUCAAGAAUAAUGCUGCAGGUGAUGCGACUGCCAAUGGUAAUCUUAAGGAUAAAAAUUUAGUUUCAAGUCCGGCUCUUAAUGCCAGGCAAAAUCAUAGUCAAAACCGGCCAGUAGCAGGUGCCAAUUGGAAUAUGGGCAAGCAACCUCAAGGUCGACCCAUUGUGAAAGGGAAUGGAGGUAUGUCGAUGAUUAACCAACAACAUUCUCAAAUACAAUAUGCUGCAAAUUUGGAGUUGCAAAUGCAGAACCAAUAUGCCAAUAUGCAAGCUCGAAAUAAAUUAAAUUUUGGCCAAAGUCACAACAACAUGACAUCUGCAUAUCCAAAUAUGCAACAGUACAAUAACUCUGUCCAGCAGAAUAAUACACCUGCUUUUGGACAAACUUACAACAAUACCAUGAACAGAGUUCAUGCCCAACAGCAGCAUUUACAGCGUACCAACUAUCAGCAUCAGCAGAUGCUGAACACCUCUAUGAUUAAUACUGGUUUGAUGGGUUUUAACCAAAGGGAUGGAGCCCUCUCUCCAACUAGCAAUCAGUUAGCUCGCUGGUUCAGUCCUGAACUGCUAGCGCAGGCUUCUGCUGGAAAAUUACCCCCAGUCAAUCUGGCGCAAAAUGCUCUGUCGCUUGAGGAACUUGAGCGCAUACAGCAGUCCUCAACCACAGUGCAUAACUAGUCAAGAACAAGAUAAACAUAGAGAGAUUUUGUUUAUCUAUUCAAUAACUCAUUUUCUUCUCUGUUUAAGUAUUAUUAUGAAUCAACAAACAUUUAUUUUCGACGUCUGGUAAAGAUGAAAUGGUUUUUUAACCAUCGUUACAUAUUAAAUAUAUAACAAAUUAUAU